AUGGAAGAAGACAAGAGCAACACCACUUUCCAACAAUCUGAAGAAGAAGACGAAGACACUUUCUCUCUCCGCGACCUCCCAAUCCACGAUCACGGUGAUGAUGAUCAUCAAGACCAGACUACCACUCCACGAGCCUCCACAGAUCAAGAUCUAUUCGAAUUCCUCGGCGACCUAUCCUCCCAAAUCAACCACUCCGACAACGACGACAACAACAACAUCGUCUUCUGCGGCAAAGUCAUCCCUUACGACGAAGACCAACUCAACGAGUACCAGAAGCGAGACUAUCUAAGCGUCCGAUCCUCCUCGUUUCACAAAUCCCACACUCAUGAUCACAGCUACGAUCAAUUGAGCAACGAAUCGGACCGGUUCGUUCGCAAGAACCGUUCCAAAUCGCUCCGGUUUCCGAGUUCGGAGGCGUUCCAGAACAGGUCGUCAUCCGUUGCCAAGUGUGAGCCGUCGCCGAUUCGGACGGUGAAUAUCACGGCGAUCACGUCCAUGUCGACCAAGUCUAAGUGUCGGAUGUUUAUGUUCGCACCGGUGAAGUUCAAGCCGGAGAUGGAGAUGAGUGCCAUCAAGAAGAGGCAGAGCCGCCGCGCUCCGGCGCCGAUGUUUCCGGCUGCGGUUGACGGCGGUGAGGUGGUGAGCGGUGGAAGGAAGAGUCAUCAUCAUUGGGGGCUAGCGAGGCAGUUGAGGUCCGGGGCACACCUGGCAAACUUGUUGGCCAGGUCGUUUGGUUGCGUUUCGGCUUCAAUGGUAUAG